AUGAAUAAAAUGAUUGUUGUUGUUGGAAGUGAAAAUAAAGCCAAAAUUAGAGCAACUCAAAUGGGAUUCGAUUUAGCAUUUAAAGAGAAAUGUGAAGUGACAGUUGUUGGUGUGAAAGCAAAUUCAUUGGUGAGUGAUCAACCAAUGUCAGAUAGUGAAUGUAUAGUUGGGGCGAUUAACAGAGCCAAAGAGGCAUUGAGUAAAUGUCCAGACGCAGAAUAUGGUAUUGGUAUGGAGGGUGGGGUUCAUAAUAUAAAGGAGCCAAUUGAUAGAUGGUAUGAGUGUGGUUGGAUUGCUGUUGUAAAAAAAGGUGAACCAGAUUCAAAUGUUGGUGUUGCCUCAACUGCACGUUUUGAGUUACCACCAAAAGUAAUUUAUGAAAUAGUUGAAAAUAAAAAAGAAUUGGCUCAAAUUAUGGAUGAAUUAACAAACAAAUCAGAUGUCAGAAGUAACGAAGGUGCCAUGGGUAUCUACACAAACUCAAUCUUACAUCGUGAUCAUAUUUACUCACAUGGUUUAAUUUUUGCUCUCUCAAGAUUUAUUUCACCAAAAGAAUUAUGGUAA